CCGCCCCCCGCUGUUCCUCCGCACCGCGCUAAGGUCACCGCUGUCACUCGGAAGCUAACCAGCCGACAGCCGGAGGAGGCGGAGGAGUCCCAGCCAGGAAGGAGCAGCAACCAGCCAGCGAAGUCAGCCAACAUGUCUCUGUCUAACAAACUCACCCUGGACAAGGUGGACGUGAAGGGGAAGCGCGUGGUCAUGAGAGUCGAUUUCAACGUCCCGAUGAAGGACAAGCAGAUCACAAACAAUCAGAGGAUCAAGGCUGCAGUUCCCACCAUCAAGCACUGCCUGGACCACGGCGCCAAGUCCGUGGUGCUGAUGAGCCACCUGGGCCGCCCCGAUGGGAACCCCAUGCCCGAGAAGUACUCUCUGGAGCCCGUCGCCGCCGAGCUCAAGACCCUUCUGGGCCGGGACGUCACCUUCCUGAAGGACUGCGUGGGUCCAGAUGUGGAAGCUGCCUGCGCCAAUCCCGCUGCCGGAUCCGUCAUCCUGCUGGAGAACCUCCGCUUCCACGUCGCAGAGGAAGGAAAAGGCAAGGACGCCUCUGGAAACAAGACCAAGGCCUCCCAGGAGCAGAUCGACUCCUUCAGGGCGUCUCUCUCCAAGCUGGGAGACGUUUACGUCAACGACGCCUUCGGCACGGCUCACCGAGCCCACAGCUCCAUGGUGGGAGUCAACCUGCCACAGAAGGCGGCCGGCUUCCUCAUGAAGAAGGAGCUGGACUACUUCGCCAUGGCGCUGGAGAAGCCUCAGAGGCCGUUCCUGGCCAUCCUCGGAGGAGCCAAGGUGAAAGAUAAGAUCCAGCUGAUCAACAACAUGCUGGAUCAGGUCAACGAGAUGAUCAUCGGCGGCGGCAUGGCCUUCACCUUCCUCAAAGUCCUCAACAACAUGGAGAUCGGAAACUCCCUGUUCGACGAGGAGGGCGCCGGCAUCGUCAAGGACCUGAUGGCCAAGGCCGAGAAGAACGGCGUGAAGAUCACCCUGCCCGUCGACUUCGUCACCGCCGACAAGUUCGACGAGAAGGCCGCCACCGGGACGGCGACCGUGGCCGCCGGCAUCCCCGCCGGCUGGAUGGGUUUGGACUGCGGACCGGAGAGCUCGAAGGCGUACGCCGAGGCGGUGGGCCGGGCCAAGCAGAUCGUGUGGAACGGCCCGGUCGGCGUGUUCGAGUGGGAGAACUUCGCCAAAGGGACGAAGAGCCUGAUGGACAAAGUGGUGGAGGUGACCAAGUCCGGCUGCAUCACCAUCAUCGGUGGGGGCGACACGGCGACCUGCUGCGCCAAGUGGAACACAGAAGACAAGGUCAGCCACGUGAGCACGGGAGGCGGAGCCAGCCUGGAGCUGCUGGAGGGUAAAGUCCUGCCCGGUGUGGACGCCCUGAGCAGUGCCUGAACCUCCAGACCGCCGCAAGCGUGUGUGUGAAUGAGUGUGUGUGUGUGUGUGUGUGUGUGGUGAGGUGAUGGCAGCUGCUCGGCCUGACUCUCAUUUACUCCUGAAGCCCCGCCCCCCCACCUCCUGCCUUAUCGCAGCACUUCCUCGUUGUUGAUUUCAAACCUUAAGGAAAGAUUCGUUUGAGGUGGAAGUUUAAUUUUCCAUUGAGACUCGGCCGUCAGUUCUCUCACCCCUCCAAACCCGAACACUGGCUGCUGUGUGAAUGUGUGUGUGUGUGUGUGUGUGAGUGUGUACUGCUCGUUGGAUUGUUACUGCACCGCCCCCAGAGUGUGUAUACCAACAGUAUCUAUAUAUAGAGAAAUGGUUAAAGUGGUGUACGUGUGUGUCUAGAUGUUACAUUUCCUGUCGGCACUACUAACGUCUGCUCCGGUCAUCCUCGGCGUCCGGGUCGUCGGUUCGAGAGCCGCGUCUCGGCUCGUCUGUCCAGACUAAUAAAACCGUCUCCGUGGAAACCC